AUGCCUGCUGCCACCGAUCCUUCUGGCGCCGUUGGUUUCAUUACCCGCGUGAUGCUGUUCGACCUCAUGGUUCUGGCUCGCGAUACAUCCUUUCCUGAUGCCCAAAUCCAGGCUAUCUGCGACACUGUCACUCAAGAGAAUCUCGGCGACUCUGUUGAGCUAUUGCGCCGCCUCCACGCUAGCCAGGAUACUUCUUUGGUCCUAGCCACCACUCCCUCGCCUGUACAGUCUGCCGCCAACUCCCAGACCAAGUUUCAAAGUCAUCCGUUCCACGAUUCGUCUGCUGGCCCUGGCGCCGCUUUGAGUUCUGCAACAUUCUACAGGCUGUGCAAGGAAGACCGCAACAAGCUGAAAUACCUCAGCAAGUUCUGUCCCUUCACCUUGGCCUUUCGCAAGUGUCCUCAGAGCGACAGAUGUCAGCUUGUCCACAUCUGUUGGGAGCGUCAAUGCAAGAGAGGACGUACGUGUAUGUAUUCCCACGAGGUUUCUCCUACGUGCGACUCGAUCUUCAACGGAACGCGCUGCUCGAAGACCAGAAGACUCGUGGAUGACAACAGAAAGAAAGCUUGUCCACGCAACCAUGACUACAACGUUCGACUCUUCAUGGGUGCUAUGCGUGUACCCCACGAGCUCGGUUUUUAUGGUAUCCGCCACAUCCACACUCCGAUCAACACCACUCCACCUGCCGAGCCGGAUCUUACGUCAGAUUGGAUGAAGUCCGACGUGGAGGAUUCUACCAGCGAGCACGAUGAGCCUGGAGAUGAGACCAUGGCUGAUGCUGAAGCUGAGGAGCACGAUGAGGUCAUGCCUGCCGCCGAAGUCGAGAAACUCAACAUCGAUCCUAGUGACCGCCCACAAACCCCAGAUGGCGACAAUCGUUCUGCCACCGAUCUGAUCCUGUUCACCUGA